AUCUUUGAUAACAACCAGGGCGCAGUGCAAGGUCACUGUCGGUGAGGAUGGCUCUGUCCCAGGCCGACCGAGCGCUGGUCCUCGCGCUAUGGAAGAAGAUGAGCAGCAACGUCGGAAUCUACGUGACCGAGGCCCUGGAGAGGACCUUCGCGGCAUUCCCCUCCACCAAAACCUACUUCCCACACUUGGACCUGAGGCCAGGCUCUAGCCAGCUUAAAGCCCAUGCCCAAAAGGUGGCCGAGGCACUGACUCUCGCUGCCCACCACCUGGAUGACGUGCCCGCUUCUCUGUCUGCUCUCAGCGAUCUGCACGCGCACAAGAUCCGCGUGGACCCCGUCAACUUUGAGUUCUUCAGCCACUGUCUGCUGGUGACUCUGGUCCGGCACUAUCCUGGAGACUUCAGCCCGCAGAUGCACGCCUCCCUGGACAAGUUUCUGAGCCACGUGACUUCGACACUGGUCUCCAAGUAUCGCUGACCUGAGGGACCUGAGGGUGCAUGACAGCGGUGUGGUCUCCAGCCACGCCCUUCCUCAACCUCGCAAAAUCUGAGCAAACCUCCCCAGGGGCUACAUCGCUGUCUUGUCUACAGAGGGACACAGGAGAAAUGUACACCCCGCUCCUGGUAUCCCAAAGUAAUGUUACAAGAGGCUGGAAUUACAGCUAAGCUGGCGUCAGAGACCUCAAAGGAAAGUCGGCAGUUCCUUGUUUUGUUGUUUUGUUUUUGUCUUUGGGAUAGGUUUCAUGGUCUCUCAUGUAUCCCAGGCUGGUCUCCCAAAUCCAUAAUACGGACUAGGUUGGUCUUGAACUGCUGAGCCUUCUGUUUCAAGCCCCAUCUCCAACCCACCCAUUCCCCACUCUCCAACCACCAGUAAAUGGAUUACAAGGCAUGCCCCAUCACGCGUGGCUCCACAGAGGCUCUUUUUAUUUUAAUCUAACCUUUUGUUUGUUUUCUGUGUUGGUGAUGGGAGAAAGGCCUCCCGCACAGCGUGCUCUAAGCGGCCUGGGGAAGACACGGGCACGCUGCGAAUGAAUUCAGCCUUUAGAUUAGAAUAGGAGGAAAGGUGCUGUAGAAUGCACUGCAAAGGACAGUGGGCUGGGCAGUGACAAGAGUGUCACCUGCAGCUUAGGGCCAGCUAUAGCACCUUCACAUGGCCCUAAGCGUCAGAGGAGGCUGGCUCACGCGCCGUCUCCACUGCGGAGGUCUAUGACACAAAUGCAAGUCUGCAGCCUUAGUCACACCAGAGAACGGUGACAGGUACAGAGGUCACAGGUCAGCCUAAGUGACAAUACUCCAAACAAUGGCUCGUUCCCCAGCCAUCACCCUCCCCUGGGCUUUUGGUUGGGCCUUUCUCUCACCUCUGCUCAGAUUCACGGCAUAAAGAAAGCAUGUCUGGGGGUGUAUUGGUGCUAGAGCCCUUCUCUGUUUCCUGGCUUCCUUUCCUCCCCAGCAAUGCAACAACCAAACCAAAUAAAAACACGACAGCACAGCAAACCUGGGCUGUUCGGA